AUGUCUAGCGGCCUCGUUGUACUUGGAGACGCCGAGAUUCACGGCCUCCUCAUCGGUCUCUCCAAAGACGAGGUUCUUGAGUUCAAACAAGCUCUUGAGAAAGUACUCAUCGACUUCGCAGUCGGUGGCGAGGGAGAAUAUCAGCCAACUCCAGACUUUGUCAAUCGACCAAAUGGACAAAAGACCCUCUUCCGCGCUUUUACAUCUUCUGAAGGCGUCGGAACCAAGAUCGUGGUCACCCCCGCACCUCUCAAGGACGCUGAUGGCAAACCGAUAAACCGCCCCCUUGGAGGUCUUAUUUCUCUAUGUGACGCAGAUGGUAUUCCAAUUGGCAUACUCAAUGCUGCUGAACCUACUGGGUAUCGCACUACGAUGGCCGCUUUGAUUCCUUGGACUUGGAGACGCAAUACUGAGAAUAUUGUCGUCUUUGGGGCCGGGAAGCAAGGCCUGUGGCAUACGCGCCUUGCGCUGGCUCUCAGAGGUUCAGAGAUUAAGAAAAUCACCAUCGUUAAUCGGUCUGUGGGUCGAGCCAAGGAUUUGGUCAAGCAGGUGACGGAGGAAAACCAAAAAUACUGGAAAUCAUCCGCCACUUUGGAUGUCUUGGACCCUGCUCAGUCCGACUACGAUCAAACAUUAGAGUCACUCCUAUUCUCAGCCGACGCAAUCUUCUGCACUGUUGGUUCAACAAGCCCCUUGUUCCCACUCAAGAAGAUCUUGGGCGACGGCACAAGAAGCAGAUUGCCCUUCAUCAGCGCGGUGGGUUCAUGGCAACCUGAUAUGAUCGAACUGGACCCCGAGAUACUUCGUCAUGCAGCUGAGCGAAAUGAUUCAUACAGCCCUAUUGGGGAGAAGGGCAGUGUUCUUGUCGAUGAUCUCGAGGAGGCUUUGGUCAAGUCAGGGGAGGUGAUACAGAGUGGUUUGAAAGCAGAACGCUUGGUUCAAGUAGGCGAGAUUCUGGACUGGCUUGAUGAGAAAUCUGAGAGGAAGCCUGAAGGGGGUAUCGAGAAUCUUAAGACGUGGAUCAGCGAGGGUUUCGUCGUGUUCAAGAACAUAGGCAUCAGUGUUACUGAUCUUGCUGCUGGUCAUGCUAUUCUUGAACUUGCUAGAAAGCGCAACGUGGGAACUACUAUUGCGAACUUUUAG